AUGAACACGAGUUCUUCAUCGGAGAGCUUUGGAAGCCAAGGGAGGAAAAGGCCAAGGGAAUCAUCUCAGGCACCGCAAGGUAGUUCGUCGAACUUUAGGUCGCAACCUUCUUCUUUGGGGACUCGGGGUGCUUUGUCUAGACCUCCGACCGUGUGCUAUAAGUGUAAUCAACCUGGACACGUUCGUGCUCAGUGUCCACGCCUCGGGGAAACUUGUUAUAUCUGUGGUAAAGCGGAUCAUUUCGCAAGGAGUUGUCCUCAGGGGUCGGGAGCGCGCAGUGAGUCAGGUUCUGUGCAGCAGCCGGGAACGGGGCAUAAUGUGGGCCAGCCGUUUAGGGGUACUCAGAGGCAGCAGCAGCCUUACUUCCGGCAGACGACAUCGGUUCAGAGUUCCGGGGUUGACAAGGGAGCGAGUUCUUCCGCGCCUGCUCAGGGUUCUGGUCAAAGAGGGGGUUUUAUGCAGGGUCAGGGUACCCAGGGGCGAGUUUUCAACAUCACUUCUGCUAUUCCAUCUACCACUUCUUAG